CCGCAGAGCGAGGGUGCGUGGCGGAGCCGGGCUCCCGCCUGAGCGCGCGCUCAGACGCGGGAACCCCACGCAGGCGGGCGCGGCGGCGGGCCCGGAAUCCCGGGAAAGGAGUACGGCCGGGCCGAGACUACAACUCCCGACGUGCACGGCGGCCAAAGCAGGUUCCACCUCUGCUGGCCUCCCCAGUCUUUCCGGUUCCUGCCUCAGAGACGGCUGUCUGGGAACUGCGUGGUGGUAAUCACAGAAAAGCCGUAAGCUUCUCCAGGCGCGCGGGGGCCGGGAACAGCCCACGGGAUGCCUCUCACAGCUCGGGUGGUUCGCCCCGGCGCGGCGGAACCUGCAGCCAUACUGCCCGGGUUUCCGGGGGGGACCGUCAUCGUGGCCGGACGCUGUGGCGCGGCAGUUUAAUUCUCCGGUGGCUGCGGCUUGAGCGGGACAGGAUGGUGUUGACCGGGCUCAUCAGGAAACUCGGUCACCAGCUGGUCGAGAUCCGGGAGCGCGCGCUCCGCAGCAUUCUCAGCAAGGUGGAGCUCAACCUGGUGGGCGGCGCGGAGCUGGCGCAGGACCGGCUGCUGUUCGUGCGCCUGCUGCAGUGGUUCAACUUCCCGUCGGUUCCCCUGCAAGCGGAGGUGCUCGGCCUGCUGAGCACGCUGGUCAAGUUUCCCGCAGCGGUCCAGCAUUUGGUUGACCUCGGUGCAGUCGACUUCUUAUCCAAACUUCGUGCUAACGUGGAGCCGAGUCUGCAGGCUGAAAUCGACGGCAUCCUGGACGGACUCUUUACCCUCCCUUCUGACGUCCCUGCACUGUGUUCUGCGUCUUACCAGACCAUUCAGACGGAAUUGCCACAACCACCGGAAAUCUUCACAGGAUAUUUUCCUCAGGACAGAGGCCAUUUCCAGCAGACGGAAGGGCCCCCGGGAACCGUGGUGACCCCGACCGCGAAGUGUGUCAAGUGCGCGACGUUCCCGUGGCUGCCCCUGACCACCACGGACAGACACGUUCUCUCCUCCAACGAGAGCUCUUUAAGAAGUAGUAGCCACACUUUGAUCUGGAACACCUGUGAGCUACUGAAGGACGUUAUCAUGCAAGACUUUCCUGCCGAGAUUUUCCUUCAGAGGCCGAAGAUUGUUCAGAGCCUCCUCUCGCUGCUGAAGCUGGCCUCCGGCGCGGGCGCCGCGCCCCGCCUGGCGCUGCAGUCGCUGUCCUGCCUGCAGCAGCUGUGCGCGUGCUUGCGGAGCAGGCUGCACUUCCACCGAGACCCGGGCUUCUUCUCCAGCAAACAAGACACAGUUUCCCAGAAUUCUUCUUUGUCUUACUGUCCCGACGUGAGAGUCACCCACCACUCUCAGAACCCUUCUCCCGGCACCAGCAGCCCCCGGCCCUCUGUGGUUGGGCGCACGGGGCAGCGGCCCCGGGGAGACGGCCAGGACUGGGACGCGGCGUCUUCCAGCGGGAGCAGCAGCCACGCGCACGCGCACUCCGGGAUCUCCCUGCCGUCGCCCCUGGACGCGGCCGCCGCCGCGCCGCUGGAGCUGCCGGAGCUGGAGGCGGAGGAGGACGCGCUGCGCCUGCGCUUCCAGCAGCUGAGCCUGCCGCAGUUCUGCGUCUGCGUGCUGGAGGCCGCCGCGCCGCUGCUGCGCUCAGGUAAUGGACAGAUGAUAAUAAGAGUUCUGGAGUUGCUUGCAGAGGAUUUGGUACUUGUUGGUGAAGCGAUUUCAACAGACAUCUGGGAUGACAGCAGCCUUUUUGCUAUGGAUAUGAAGGAGAGAUUGCUGGCGGUGCUGGGGUCCCUGGGAGAAACCCUGUGCCACCAUCACAGCAGCGCGGGCCUGGAGCGGGCGGAGGCCGCACGCCGGCUGCACCGGAUGGCGUUCGUGAGCCUGGCGCUGCUGGCGGCGCGGCUGCUGCAGACGCUGCUCCCGGUGGAGAAGGCAAGCCACUUUUUGCCAGAGUCUAUGUCAGCAGCACUGUUUCUAGUUUCUCUGGACAUGCCUAUUUCGCUGGAGUACCCAAACAUUCACGAAGCCGUGGUGGCCUACUUGGAACAGCUGAAUUCUGAAAACUACAGCAUUUACAAGCGAACUGCGGAGGCCGUUUAUUCCAUUGAGUGUGCCUGUAACUUCCUGUCUGACGUGGGGAAGGAGGGAGAGAAGAAUCUUCCGGAAUUAGUGGAGCUGGCAGACCAAGCCUUGCGUAGCUUUUCCUAUCAUCAGUAUUUUCCCCUAAUAAAGGAAAUCGUCUGCCUGUGUUCAAAGAUCUGGAAGUCGGCCCAGGCGCCCCCGCUGCUGCAGGGGGACAGCCAGAAGGUGCUCCUGCGGAUGCUGUCCCACCCGCUGCCCGCGGUGAAGGCCGAGACCUACCGCUGCUGUCUGGAGGUGGUCAAGGAAUGUUUAGGCAUCCAUAAUGUCAGUAAACCUGUGUCUUCGCUCUGUAAUGGGAUUCAUUUUCUGCUCCACCCGAAAGUUCUGUAUGAAAUCUCUGCGUUUGGCAUGCAAGAGCCGAAAAACGAGGUGAACGCCGCUGCCAAGGCCAUCCUGCUGUACCUGCUGCAGGGGCGGCUGAUGAUGACGGCGCCGACCUGGGACAGGUUCGUGCAGUCCCUGUGUCCCGUCGUCCCGGUGCUGCAGGGCUACGCUGACACGGAGGACCCCCUAGGUAACUGCAUCCUGCUGCUCAGCGAGGCGAGCGCCGAGGGGGGCGCGGGGGCCCUGCCGCCGGCCGCCCGGCUAAAGUCCGUGCUGCGCCUGCUGCUGGUGAAGAAGCCGCCGGUCCGCUCGCUGGCCCUGAAGCUCCUGGCGGGCCACCUCGCCGGGGAGGAGGGGGCCGCCCGCAAGCGCCCUGCCAUAGACGCCCGAGUGCUCUCCGGAGCUUCCAACCUGUUUGUCGCGAAGACGCCCAUUGACCUCAAGCUGGACGACCGGAGAGAGCUGAUGAUUAAGUUGGAGACUGUGGAAAAGGUGUAUGAGAUCUAUGUCUCAGACGACAUUGACCUCGUGCUGAGAAAGUCCGCCGCGGAGCAGCUGGCCGUGAUUCUGCAAGACAUUAAAAUGCAUGCUGUGGUGGAAAAGCUACGCCUAAUUGACAAGAUCAUCGAGUAUUUAAAUGAGUGUGUGGGUCAGGAUGGUGAGGUGGUGGAAUGUCUGGUCCCCCCCAGCCUCGCGCUGCUGAGGAAGCUUCUCUGCGCGGACCCGGCGGCCCGGGACGCCCUCGCGCAGAGGCCUUCGCUGCUGACCCUGUUGUUCAGAGUGUCCUUGAUAUUCCACGAGGACCGCGCCGUCGUGACCGAGGUUGGGGCGCUGUUCUGCCUCCUGCUGUUCGACGAAGUCUCGAGAACGGACGUGUGGUCUGCCGCUCCUCCCGGGAAGCCUUCUUCGCCGGCAGUCUUCAGUUUGCCCGUUUCCGUUUUCAGAAGGUACCACCUGCCCGUGCACGUGCCCGGCCACCACGCUGUGAGCCCCUACUCCGUGGUCUUGCCGUUGUCGGCCGACUGUCUGGCCCUGCGGCCGGUCUCGGACAUGCUGCGCGUGGCGUGGAACCUGUCCUGGCACCACGGGGCGGACAGCCUGCUGAAGCACGUGGACUCCGGAACGCGAGCCCCAGAGUUCUCAGACACCCUGAGGCUGUCCCCGGAGGACACCCUGGCGCUGACGGUGACGCACGUGGCCAGCGGCCUGGGGGGCUGUCUCCAGGCCAUCGUGGAGGCCGCCGCCCACAGGGAAGUGAGGGCCGCGGUCACCAGCAUGAGCUUCUACUUUCUGAACGACAGACUGUCUCUCGAGGGCGGCGCCAGCCCUGCUGGGGCCGCGCUGAGGUCCUUGGCCUGGCCCAGCGCCCUCGGCAGGUUUCUGCAGGUGCCCCCGGCUUGCGCCGAGGACGAGAAGCUGCUGAUAGACAUCAUACAUUUCCUGAAUAAGCUGUUGAAGGAGCAAAGGAAAAACCCAUCCGUGGAACUUCUCAGCUGGCUUCUGGAAUUACUUCUCAGACCUAGCCCGAACCCGCUGCUGGACCUGCUGGUCCUGACGGAGUCGCAGGCACUCGAGGAGGCGGACGAGGUGCGGGCCGCUGUCAGGCAGCAGCUGCAGAAGGAACUGAUGGCCUUUUUCAACACCUUGCUGCUCAGCUUCUCGGCUGUCACUGACAGGCAGUGCUUGGAGCUUUUCCGCGUCUUCCAGACGCAGCUGGCGCUGAAGCUGCUGCAGUGCCUGCGUGUCACGGACGCGCCGCACUUCUACGGCCUGCCCUCCCUGGAGAGGACCCUGCGGGGCAUCGCCCACCUCACCGCGCUGCCCGGCUGGGGCUCCCACUGCGCCCUCGCCGCGCCGCUGGAGAUCUGCGGGAAGUACCUGUCGGGCCUCCUGGAGGUCAUCACCUCGUUUUACGUGGAGCGCGGCGGGAACGCCAUGUCCUUCAUGGGGAAAGGCGUCACCAAGAACACGGUCCUCUGCUUGCUCCACCUGUCCCACGAGAUGGCGGCCCAGGACCCGGGCCCGGAGUGGGUGUCGCUGUGGUCCCUGCCUCUGGGUGGUCCCAGUGAGGACCACGCGCCCGCCCAGCAGGGACUGGCGUGGCUGAUUCCGCUGUGGGUGGACCGAGACCCAGAGGUGCGGUUCACUUCGCUGGGGCUGGGGUCCGCUCUGACCACCCUGGAGAGCGGCUGCGUGGCCUUGGCCCAGAGCUGCCAGAACAUUUCCGGUGGGCUCUGGGGCACCGCGGUGAACAUCCUGCUGGACCAGUCGGAGUGCAGCCUGGUGCGCCGGGAGGCUGCAUUUAUCCUUCAGAAUCUCCUCGUGAUUCCAAUGCCGUCAGUCAUUAUAAAGGAUUAUACUUGGCAGGGCCCCUGUGUGCACGACGAGGACUCCGGCCUGUCGCUCAUAGGAAAGCCCGCCCUGCAGGCCCUUCUGCAUCACUGCCAUUUCUAUGAACACCUGCAGCAGAUGGUGAGGCAGUGUCACCUGGGGCUGUACAUGUGUGACUGGAAGGGCCCUGCCCCCGACCGAGCAUCAGACGGCAGCGACUUGAAUGGCUUGGACGACUCCUUCAAGUUCUGGAGUGCUCCGUCUAGAAUGUCCCAUCAAGAUCGAGAUCCCAGUUCUCUCUCCACCUCGGAAACCAUGGUGGCACCCUCCUCGGGGAGCUCGGGACUGUCACCGCCAGCGCUGCCCUCGGCCGCGUCUCUCCCGGAAUCCUCCUCGCGCAGCCUGUUUGUGGCUCCAGGUCAGGCCGAAACCGUGUCCCCCCGGCUUCCUCGAGACUCGUCCCUUUCUGCUCCUUGGCCCCGCCCGUGCGUCCUGGUCACCCCGCCCCUGCUCUCCGCGGUGUGCAGCCUCUGCGACAGCCUGCUGGUGAUCGCUCCCGGGGACACCGCGCACGCCUUCCGACAGGCUCGGCUCCUCGAGCUGCUCUGCAGCGUCGCCGACGCCACCCUCAUAGAGAGCUGUGUGCAGGAGCUGAAGGCCCCGCUGCCGUCGUCCCCCCCAGCGGGGCACACGCAGGCUCAGGUGUCGUUUCUGCUUGAGUACCUGCGCUCCUUGUCCCGGCUCCUGCAGUCCUGUGCGGUGGUGGACCCUGACCUCGUGCUUCAGGGCGGGCUUCUGAACCCUCUCGUCACCAACGUUGUCAGAGUUCUGGCCAUCUGCACCGGCGACCUGUUGGACGGAGAGCUGGUUUCGGCGUUCCACCAGACGUGGACACACUUAUUUACCCUCCUGGCCACCCUCCUGAGGAAGGCGGCGGCUGCCUCUCUGCCGCCCAUCGCCGCGGGGCUGGCCCAGCACUGGGCGGCGGUGCUUGACAGGUUCUGCCAGUGCGCGGGGCUGUCCGCCUCCCGCCCCGCGCUCUGCACCGCCAGCCUGCAGUUCCUCGCCGUGCUCCUGACCGAAGAAGCAAAGAGGCGUCUUCGGGAUAAGGACGGAACCAGUCCGUGUCCCAGUCCGACGAUGGCUUCCCUUCUCGACGACACGCGGGAAGGUCAGAAGUCUCUAGAGCGACUCAGUGAAGUCAUGAUUCAGUGCUACAGAGGGAAGCCCCCCGGAGACCCCCUGAGCAGCGUGGCGGGGCGCGGGCUGCUGGCGCUGCUGGCCGCCAGCCGACGGGCCCAGCGGCUCGCCCUGAAAGCCGAUCUGAUAGGCAGCUGCGUCGCGCAGAUGCAGCAAGUGCACGCCCAGCUGAGCCUCGACUCCCUGCGGCCGGGCAGAGCGGCGCUGCGGAGAAAGGAGGACGGCUUCGCCAGAGAGUUAGGCACGGCCAUGCAGCUGCUGAGGAACUGCCUGUAUCAGAACGAGGAGUGUAAGGAGGCGGCGCGUGCGGCCCACCUCGUGCCGGUGCUGCACGCCCUCUGGCCUUGGCUUCUGAUGGACGACUCCCUGAUGCAGGCCGCCCUGCAGCUGCUGUGCGUCUACACCGCGAGGUUCCCCAACGGUUGCAGUUCUCUCUGCUGGUCCAGUCCUGGACCGUCUCCGGUGCCGGCCGCCUGCAGGGGCGGCCCCGGCAGCUCGCUGAUGCUGUGCGUGCUGAAGCUGGCCUCCCAGGAGCCCCUCGGGAGCGCCGCCGUCCAGCAGACGGUCUUCCUGCUGCUCUCGAACCUGGCCCUGUCGCACGACUGCAGAGGGGUGAUCCAGAAGACCAACUUCUUACAGCACUUUCUGUCUCUCGCGUUGCCAAAAGGAGGGAAUAGACACCUCAGCCGCCUGGCCGUGCUCUGGCUGAAGCUGCUGCUGAGCGUGUCCCUCGGGGAGGAGGGGCAGCAGAUGAUCGUGCGGCUGGACGGCUGCCUGGACCUGCUGGCGGAGAUGAGCAGGUUCCGGCUGCGGCGCGGCCCGUGCCUGCCUCUCCUCAUCUUCCACAACAUCUGCUUCAGCCCCGCCCACAAGCCCAGGGUCCUGGCUAACGAGAAAGUCGUCAGCGUGCUGGCCGCCUGUCUGGAGAGCGAGAGCCCGAGCACCCAGAGGAUCGGGGCCGCCGCGCUCUGGGCUCUGACCCACAACUACCAGAAGGCGAGAGCGACUUUGAGAAACCCGUCGAUAAAAAGAAGAGUGGAGGAAGCAUAUUCCUUAGCAAAGAAAACCUGUGCAAGCUCAGAAGAACACCCUCUGAGGGCCUAUCACUUGAAAUGUCUCGAAAACCUCGUCCAGCAGCUGGCCUGUUCCUGAGGACGGAGAGGACGGACAAGGACGGAGGCGCUCUGCCCUGCGGCUGCAGCUGUGGCAGGUGGACAGGCGAGCCGCGCCGGGGAGCGGUUGAGAAGCCGCUCCGUGCCCAGCUGUCGCCCCGGGACAGGUGUGCCAUCCUCAAGGUGCUGGCGCCUCUCUUCCCGACGGGACACGGGCUGCGGCAUCCACUCCGUCCCGCGUGUCCCGCCAGCUCUCUCCGGGUGAGAGCAGCCGACCCGAAGGUGACGUGGAGAGAAGGCACGGAGAGCUCUGGAGACCACCUUCU